AUGGAGCUGAUGCAGCAGCUUACACUUUGCGCGGUUCUCCUAGUGGCCACCGCAAUCGUAAGCAACGAUGGACAGUUCCUGUCCGGACCCCGCUACAGCCUGGACAACAUGCCGAAGACGGGCUUCACCUGCCGGGACAAGAUCCUCGGCGGUUACUACGCCGACUCGGAAACGCAGUGCCAAAUGUUCCACGUGUGCGUGAAGGUGGCCGGCGUCGGAGUGCAAGACUUCCGCUUCCUGUGCCCCAAUGGUACGGCUUUCGAUCAGGAAGCCCAGAUCUGUGCCGAUUGGGGCGAUGUCGACUGCGAGGCGGCCACCCUGUACUACGGCAGCGACAACUUCGACCUGUACCGGCUCGGCUCCGGGUUCGAGAGCAAGCGGGCCCCGUACGCCGAGGAGGAGGAAGCCACCUUCCAUCUGCAGCGUGCGGAAACGAGCGAUGCUCGAAGAAGCAAGCAGUACAUUGUUAACCAGAGCUCCAAACCGCAGCAACCGCCGAGCCCGAAUCAGAUCCCUAGCGCACAAAAACCCUCUCAUCAGCAACAACAACAGCAGCAGCAGCAGCACCAGCAGCAACAACACCAUCCGCACCAACCACAGCCACAACAAUACUUCCGCCAGCCCAACACCUUCCCCUCCACCACACCCACCACUACAACCACAACGACGGCGACCACCACCACCACCACGUCUCGCCCAACGACUCCAGCGGAGAACAUCUUCUACAAGACCAGCCAGGUCCCGACGAAGCUGCACCAGAAGCACCUGGACCACAAGCAGCAGCAGCUUCUGCUCAAUCAGCAGCAGCUACUGCAGGCCCAGCACUACCGCCAGCUGACGGCGGUCGCGGCCACCGCCACCCCCUCCGAUCGACGUCCGGCGGUGGAAGAGAUCCGCACCACGACGCCCUCUUUCGCCCGCUCCCAGCAGCAGCCGCAGCAGCUUCAACCGCGCCCGGCGCACACCGACUCCAACAACGAUGAGAUCUUCCGCGGUUCGCAUAGUUCCCACUUCUACAACAAUCGCAACAACGGAAAGGAGGACUACGAGGAGGAACUGUACCGGAAGACAACGACGACGUCGACAACCAACGCUCCCCGUGGAGCGAAUCGGGGCCAGGCGGCUCAACCCGGAACCCGUGGACGUAACCGUGGUCGUGGCAGUGUCCGUGCCCAUCACCUGAAUGCACUCCGCAAUGAGGGCAAACCGAGUACGAGCACUACUCCGGCCAAUGUUGUCACAAGCAGUGUUGCGCCACAGCAGCAAGCACAGCGUCAUCAUCCUCAGCAGCAGCAGCAGCAGCAUCAGCAUCAGCAUCAGCAGCAGCUUCAACAGCAACGCCAGCAGCAACAACAGCCACAGGUACGUCCGCAGCCUCAACAGCAACAGAAUACCAAGCUGCAAACGACGACGCCGGACGAUUUCGUCGACAUUCCGAAGAUCCCGAACUUCCGGCAGCAGCCUACGACGGUGUUGAAACCCCAGCAGCCUCAGCAACCUCAGCAGCCCUCGGUGGGACAGUUCCGAAACUCACAACCAGUAACUCCGCAAAGCUUCGGACAGGCCAUCAUCUCCACACCGGCGCCAUUUGCCAAGCAGCAACAGCAACAGCAGCAAAGUAGAGGAAACACCUUCUACUCCAACACACAACAACAGCCGAGCACGACGACCAGCUCCACAACGCAGGCACCUGCUCAGCGUUUCGGGGGCAACAACAAUGGCAACUUCAAGAUCACCAUCACCUCACCCCAGACCGAUCGGAACUUUAACCAACCUCAGCAACAGCCGUUCAGCUUCAACUCGCAACCCCGUCAGCAGCAGACCAGCUCGCAGGCGCCCCCGAACAACCCGUUCCAGUUCUUCUCCGCCCAACCGACCACCAUUCGCCCCCGAGGAGCCUUCGAAAACCGCGCCACGGAACGUUCCUUCGACGAGGCUGCCGUGACGACGCCUCAGGAGUCGCAGCGUCUUCGCCCGCAGUCGCGCACCUUCAACGUCGACCCGAGCCGGUUAAGUCAGUUCAACUACAACGAGUACCAGGGAAGUCGAACCAGCACCACCACCACCACGACGGCCGUCCCUCCGACGACCUUCUCGCCAUCCUUGUCCCAGAACUUCCGCCAGCGACAACCAGCUCCUCAGCAGAGUGCGUUCUUCAAUCCCUUCUUCAAUGCGCCCACAACCACCACCACCAGCACGGCAGCUCCGGUGACGGUAGCACCGUCCAUCACCACCAUUCCCCCGGCGGUACUACAACGGGCCGUCCCGAAGGAACGCUACCAGGCAAUCUCCCGUUCCGGCCCCGACGGACACACACCGUCGACGGUGAAGAAGUUCUCCACGCUCGUCCCGAAGGAUCAGUACAACCCGACCACCUUCAAGCCGAACGCCAUCAGCAAGAAGGCGCUGCUUCAGUUCGUCAACCAGAAGAGUGUGAUCGGGCUCGAGAAGUCCCCGUUUACGGAGCGGGUGAUCAUCACCACCACGACCACCACCACGACCACCGAGAAACCGCGGCCGGUGCCUACGACGAAGUACCCGGGAUACAUUCCCACCAUCCCACCGGUGACAACUUCCACCACGCAGGCCCCCGUCACCACGACCACAACGACGACGACAAGGGCUCCAUUUACCACCAGCACCACCACCGCGAAGGCGGUGACUCCGCCGAACCGGUUCUUCCAGCCACCACCACCGAAACCGGCGGCCGGUCUCACGCAGUCCCCGAUCGUGGUGACAUCGUCCUCGGCGAAGCCAGAGAUCGACGAGGACGACGGGCAGUACCAUCCGGAGCUGUACGAGAAGGACUUCUACCGGAACCGCGUGAAGGCGAAGACGGCGGCGGCGGCGGCCCUGUCGGCGGCCCGCAACACCAACGGGCUUGCCUCCCUCUCGACGAGCGACGAGGAGGAAAUCUUCCGCACGGCACACUCCCAGAACAUCGCCGCCAGCGGCAACGACCUGAUCCUCGAGCGGGCACGCCAGGCGGCGGCCCGCAUCAACGAGUACUUCUCGUCCUCCUCGGUCAAACCGACGACGACCUCGGCGGCGGCGGCGGCGGCUGGCCGCAAGGACUCCCACCAGGAUCAGGCAGGCGCGGUCACGCCGAAGAGUGGCCCCGCCGGAAGCCAGCUGAAACACCGCAAGGACUCGCGGGUGAAGACGGGUUCGCACGGGGCGAAGGGUGGCAGCGGAAGCAACGCCACGCCGCGCCCAUUCUCCAAGGCACCGACGAUCCCACCGAACGCCACCAUCACCAAGCGGCCACCGGAGGACGAUAGCUACGACUACGCGUACUACGACACCGGAAGCCCCGAUCUGCCCGAGUACGACAUCGUCGAAGACUUUGGCCGGAAACGAGUCUAA